AUGCAAGCAUCAAGUGUAGUAAGUUAUCAUUCAGCAUUCAAUGAUGAGUCCUAAUUCCAAUCAGCAUGUGGUUUUGCCCUAGCUCCAUUAAGGACCAAGACAUCAGGACCAGCUCCUAAAAUGGAUGAGGGUGAAGAUAUUGUUGAUGAGGCUAUUUCUUAGUUCAGAGCAAAUAUCCUCUUUAAGAAUUAUCAAGUGAGAGGACCAGCUGAUAAGGUCAUUAUCUACUUGACGGUUUACAUUUAAAAGAUUCUUGAGACUAUUGCCAAAAGCAAUAAUGAUCAGGAUGCUAAGAGAAAUGUACUCGCCUUAAUGAAUGAAGCAGUGCCAUCUCCAAGUGCUCCAGGUUUCUUUAUGGGUAAUUUAGUUCUCAAGGGAAGAGGAUCAGGUGAAGAAGAGAAAUUUAGAGGAUAUUGUAAGCAACUUAAGGAGGAAUGUGCAGGCAGAUUAAUGAAUAUCCUUUAUAAUCCACAAUAUGGAACAAUGGAUCUUAAAUUCUGGCUUGCUUUCGCAAAACGUAAAUUCUUAAAAUUAUCGAUGUGA